GGAGAUUUCAUAAAGCCAGUUGGAGGAUGAGUGGAGAUACAAAGCCGGAUAUGAAGCAAGAGGUGAUGAAGAGGAGCCAGGUGGUCCAGUGCGUUUAGAUUCAUUUAGUUGGUCUUCAUUUCAUAGACACGCUAUAGCGCGCGCAGCUUUUAGUCUAUAGCCACCUUUUUUUCUUCUUCCUGGAUAUGAUAUCGACAUCCGAGAUCCUGCAGUAGCCCCCCAGACCCCCGACCCCCCCUCUAACCUUGAUGAGGUGUGCGGAGGAGAGAGCGACUCGAGCCCGUAGCCGAUGCCCGGAGUAAGGCGGCUGCCUGCGUGCGGCGGCCGGUGGUACCCGAGCGUCGGUGCUUUAUUAUCGGGGGGGGCGGGGGCGCGUCGCUGAGGCAUGGGCUGCGCUCCCAGCAUCCACGUCUCUCAGAGCGGCGUGAUCUACUGCCGGGACUCGGACGAGUCCAACUCCCCCCACCAGACCACCACCAUCUCCCAGGGCACCGCGGCCACGCUGCACGGACUCUUCGUCAAGACCGACGCGGCGGAGACCAUCCCCUCCGCGCUCACCUUCCAGAGCCGACACUCGCGCAACAACUCCUCCUCGUGCCGCGGCGACCGCAGGGAGGGCGGCGGCGUUGGGGGGGCGCACGUCCGCAUCGAGGCCGAGACGCAGACCAGCCACACCGGCGUCAAGGUUUCAGCUACAGAACAAUGUGUCGGACCUAUGAGACUGACCCAAGAGCCCAUUCAGGUCCUGCUGGUGUUCGCCAAGGAGGACAGCCAAAGCGACGCCUUCUGGUGGGCCUGCGACCGCGCCGGCUUCAGGUGUAACAUCGCGCGGACGCCCGAGUCGGCCGUCGAGUGCUUCCUGGACAAGCACCACGAGAUCGUCGUCAUCGACGGACGCCACUCGUGCUACUUUGAGGCCGAAGCUGCGUGCCGGUUGAUCCGAGCAACGAAGCCCUCCGAAAACACAGUUAUUCUCGCUGUUGUGCCGCAAAAACCGGCCGACCAGGACGAGCCAUCAGUUCUUCCUCUCCUGUGUGCAGGAUUUAACCGAAGGUUUGUGGAGAGCAGCAGUGUGUCGGCCUGCUGCAAUGAGCUCAUACAGAUGGAGCACGGGGAGGUGCGCUGCCAGUUCAAACUCAGGGCUUAUAACUCUGUCUUCAUGGCCUUGGAGCACUGCCAAGAGGCUGUGGAGAUCACCAGUGAGGACCACAUCAUACAGUACGUGAACCCGGCGUUUGAGCGGAUGAUGGGCUACCACAAGGGGGAGUUGAUCGGCAAGGAGCUCACCGAACUCCCCAAGAGCGACAAGAACCGAGCCGACCUGCUGGACGCCAUCAACACCUGCAUCAACAAGGGAAAGGAAUGGCAGGGCAUCUACUACGCCAGGAAGAAGUCGGGCGACAGCCUCCAACAGCACGUGAGGAUAACGCCCGUCCUCGGCCAAGGAGGGAAGAUCCGACAUUUCGUGGCCAUCAAGAGACCUCACGUCGACAACAAUAAUCAGGUUCACAAGUUCAACAAGGAGGAGCGAUGCAGCGGGGAACACUCCCAGUCAGAGUGCCAUUCUCUACGUCACCGGGACCGGAGGAAAGACUCCGUCGACGCCAGGUCCAUCAGCUCCCGUGGUAGUGACGCUUCCAGUUUACAGAAUCGAAGAUUUUCCUCCGUGGCCAGGAUUCACUCCAUGACUAUCGAGGCUCCCAUCACAAAGGUCAUAAACAUCAUCAACGCGGCGCAGGAGAGCAGCCCGGUUCCGGUGGCCGAGGCCCUGGACCGCGUGCUGGAGAUCCUGAGGACCGCCGAGCUCUACUCCCCUCAGCUCGCCUCCAAGGACGACGACCCCCACGCCAACGACCUGGUCGGGGGGCUCAUGAACGACGGGCUGCGGAGACUCUCUGGGAAUGAAUAUGUCUUCUGCAAAAAUAUGAGCCAGCUGGCCGUCCCAGUCACUCUGAUUGACGUCCCUCCGCCCAUCGCCGAGAUGCUGAACGAUGAGGAGUGCUGGGAGUUCAACAUCCUGGAGCUGGAGGCGGCGACGCACAAGAGGCCGCUGACUUACCUCGGGCUGAAGGUCUUUGCGAGUUUUGGCGUGUGCGCCUUCCUGAACUGCUCGGACGCCACGCUGCGCUCCUGGCUGCAGCUCAUCGAGGCGAGCUACCACUCCUCCAACUCCUACCACAACUCCACGCACGCCGCCGACGUGCUGCACGCCACGGCCCACUUCCUCCGCAAAGACAGUGUGAAGAACAGUCUGGACCGGCUGGACGAGGUGGCGGCGCUGAUCGCGGCCACGGUGCACGACGUGGACCACCCGGGCCGCACCAACUCCUUCCUGUGCAACGCCGGCAGCGAGCUGGCGAUCCUCUACAACGACACCGCCGUGCUGGAGAGCCACCACGCCGCCCUCGCCUUCCAGCUCACCGUCCGGGACAGCAAGAGCAACAUCUUCAAGAACACGGACAGGAAUCAGUUCCGAAUCCUGCGACAGGCCAUCAUAGACAUGGUGCUGGCGACGGAGAUGACGAGACACUUUGAGCACGUCAGCAAGUUUGUGAACAGCAUCAACAAGCCGAUGGUCGCCGUCGAGGAGACCAGCACCAGUAGCGUGAACAGCGACUCUGAGGCCAACAUCAGGAACUCUCCAGAGAACCGGCUGCUGAUCAAGAGGAUGUUGAUCAAGUGUGCAGAUGUUGCAAACCCCUGCAGACCACUGGAGCUCUGCAUCGAGUGGGCCGGGCGGAUCUCCGAGGAGUACUUUGCACAGACGGACGAGGAGAAGAGUCAAGGGCUGCCGGUGGUGAUGCCGGUGUUCGACAGGAACACCUGCAGCGUGCCCAAAUCUCAGAUCUCCUUCAUCGACUAUUUCAUCACCGACAUGUUUGACGCCUGGGAUGCCUUCGCCAGCCUGCCUGGUCUCAUGGAGCACCUGUCGGAGAACUACCAGUACUGGAAGGGCUUGGACGAGAUGAAGUGCAAGAGCCUGCGUCCGCCCACUCCGUCCUGACCGCCUCCGUCACUCUGCGCCGGGCGGGACGGCGACUGCAGCCGCACUGUGCGGCGGAACAAUCGGUGAUCGCUGGAAUCGGGGGGGAGCAGACAUCACCGACUGACAAUGAGAUGCUGUUUACAAUCUCAGAUCACAGCCUCUUGGCGGCGUAGGGGGGAGGGUGGGUGUGAGGGGGGCAGGUUGUUAUUUGAGCCCCCUGUCAACUUUAUAAGUAUUCCUGAUCCUCUAUGAAUCGAUGAGGACCUCUUGGAUCACCUGACAAUCUGAACCAUACAGAAACCUGCACUUUAGCUGAUCGAGACAUUUUCAUUUCCAGCAUCCUCUUGCUGCUUUUUUGUUGUUGUUGCUUUUCACAGUUUUUACUCUUCGACAAGAAAAAACAAAUGUUUUCACUCCACGUCUGUCUGUGAAAAAACAACAACAACAAUGAAUGAGACGGUGUCAAAGCGAGAGGCGCUCAUGCUCGUUGCUCAGAUGGAGUAAAGAGCUGUGACGGGAGGAAUCUUUGGACACACACACACACCGACUGUAGAUGAUUGCACCCAAAGUGAGAAAAAGAAAGAGUAGGAGCUGUGUGUGUGUGUGUGUGUGUGUGUGUGUGUGUGUGUGUGUGUGUGUGUGUGUGUGUGUGUGUGUGUGUGUGUGUGUGUGUGUGUGUGUGUGUGUGUGUGUGUGUGUGUGUGUGUGUGUGUGUGUGUGUGUGUGUGUGUGUGUGUGUGUGUGUGUGUGUGUGUGUGUGUUGGGUGCACAGAUCCUGGAGAGGCCGUCCAUCGCUCAUGUCCGAGUCAUUGUGUCGGACCUCCAAGAGACUCGGCUUGUAAAAAAGUAUUUUAUUUUUUAUUUUUUAAACAACAUCUUUUAACACUUAUCGGCUCCGGGUUACUCAACGUGUUGUUUUUUUGUUCGACCGAUUUACUGUAUCUCAAAAUGUCAUUCACUUGGCUCUGUUCUAGUCCCGGGUCAUGAGAUCAGCGCGAGGUGCCUGCCCCCUGGUGGCGGCGCGGGGGCGCUGCAGCAGUGGUAGAUCCAAUGGUGGAUCAUUUAUUACCCUGGGAAUUGAGAUUAUAAUGAUUCGGCUUUCAUAUUUGAGAAUUGAACCAGUAUUACCUCCUUCAGAGCACUUUUAUUCCAUUUUAACACGUGGAGGUAUUGGAGAGCACUUCUGCUGGCCGCACAUUUAAACCUUGAAGAAAAUUGGUUCAGAACUCAAACAUAAAGAUUAAAUCUACAUAAAUAAAUCUGAGCUGCUUUGGUAAAGUUAUGUAUUAGAUAUUACAGAAUAUUCCUACCAAAGGCACAGAGAGCUCUUUCCUGGUGCCUUAUUCUACGGUCAUCUCUACACAAAAAAAGUGUUUCCGCUCGAAAUAGUUCCUCCUAUCUUCUAAAGAAAAGCCAUACAUGUUUUUCGAUAUUUAAAAUAUAUAUAUAUAUAUGACCUCGACUUUAAAGUUUGAGUCGACUUGGAGAAUCAGUGGUAAUAAUAGUUGUCACUUUCAUCCUACGAAACAAAACUACGAGUUUUGUUUUGAAAUUCUCCCGGUUUUUAAUUCUGAGAUGUUGUUUUUAAACACAGAAACUAAAUCAGGGGAAGUUUGAUCAGAUGUGAAUUCCACUCUGCUUUGUUAUUGUUUUAGUUUCACUUAAAAGAGACGCAGCUGGUCACAUCCACGUUCAACGUGUUCACGGUGUGAGGUCAUUUAGCGGGCAACGAGGUCUUAACGCCUUAAACGUCUCGGUGCUUCAUUCAUGUUGUUGCAACACACUUUAAGAACUAUAACGUACCUGCUGUUCUUGUACGUACUCUCCAAAUGCAUCAUUUUUGUUUUUGCAUUUUACAUAAUGUGCUUGCUUCUUUGGGCUGUGGUUGUGUUGCAGGGGUGAUUUCCAAAACCUCUCAAAACAAGAUUACAAUUGUUCUCUUUUUUUUUUUACUGUUUUUUAUUUAAAUGUGGCUCCACCCCUGAAUGUUUCCAUGGCCGCUCACGAGAAGAUAUCAUUUUGAUAGAUUUUUGUUCACGGAUACGAUUUCACGAUUUCAGAUCGGCGCGCCUUUUUCCAGCGCGAUGACGUCAUCGCGACGAGACAAACGCCAGUGGCUCCGAGUCUCCUGAGGCUUUCACCACUUCCAGUAAUCUGUAUUUCCUCUGAUGGCUGAAGGGCCAAUCCUGUGUUUCUAUCGUUCAUGAAGCGGUGAGAUUAUACGGUACAAAUGAACUUUCAAAGCGCGUAAAAUCAUCGGCCAAGGGAACGGCAACGUGUGAUCUUUGGAGGAUUUCACUGCCACAAGUCGUGUAGAAAGCGUUCCAUCAGGAGCGUUUUCUCUCUGGACCGCGAUGUCUUACUCUGAUGUUCUUUGUCUAAUAUGUUUAUUAUUUAUACAUGUUUUGUGAGACAUUUUAAAGCAUUCUUUAAAUUCAAAGUUGUUGCCUGAACGGCAGCGACAGUAUUUCAGCCCACCAAUUAAAACUUUAUAUAUUCUUUGUUUAAGCAAAUGUUUUUUUUUUUUUUUAAGUCCUCCAGUCCUUGAACAAAAUCAUAAAUUUGAAUAAAGUGAUUCAUUGGAUUCAA